AUGCUGCACCCAAUACUCGCAAACCGGCACCUCGAUACACGCAUCAAAUUGACGGUUUUGAAGAGCGUAAUCGUACCGCCGCUAGAGUACGCCGGAGAAGUAUGGGAAGGAAAUAAGAAGGUAGUGAAAGAACUCGAGGCGGCGCAGAUGAAAGCAGCGAAAACCAUCCUAGGAUGCUCCAGGCGCACAAGUAAUGCAGCCGUGAGGGCAGAAUUGGGGAUCCAAUCCCUACGGUCGGGAAGAGACGCGAGGAAGCUGACCUGGCAGUAUCGCAUGUGCGGGAUGGGAGAGGAGAGGUUGCCGAGAAUUGUAUGGGAGGCGAAGUGGGCAAACAAAAAGAGGGGUAAACAACCCACGGAAUGGGUCAAGGUUGUAGAGGACGUAUGGAAGGGGCUCGACAUCGACGAAGAUGAAACGCUGGAAACGGAGGGUCUACAGGGGUUCAAGGAGAAGAACAGAAUCUGA